AUGUCGUCGUUCGCCGUCACUGGAGCCUCUCGGGGCAUCGGAUUCGAAUUCAUAAAACAAUUCUCCGCCGAUCCCGCAAACACUGUCGUCGGCCUCGUUCGCGACGUCAAGGCCACCGAAGCCAAGGUCAAGGCAGAGCUCAGCGGCAGAAGCAAUGUCCACAUACUACACGGAGACUUGGACAGCUAUGAGUCGUUGAAGAAAGCAAGCGAAGACACUGCCAAAAUCACGGGUGGAGGCCUCGACUAUCUCAUCCACAACGGCGCUCGCCUUAGCGACGACAGUGCUUUCUUCAACUUCACUCAGCUCGGCGAAAACCCCGAGGCUCUAGAACAUGAAAUCCUUGCAGGUUGCAAAAGCAACGUCGUCGGAUCCGUCCACCUGUUCAACCUGUUCGUCCCGCUCAUUCUCGAGGGAAAGAAGAAGAAGGUCAUUGCCAUCAGCUCGGGCCACGCCGACCUCGACCUGAUCACCAAAUACGAUGUUGACACAGCUCCUACUUACGCCGUAGACAAAGCCGCCCUCAACACCAUCGUCGCCAAAUACAGCGCUCAGUUCAGGAAGGAUGGCGUGCUCUUCCUCAGCAUUAGCCCGGGAGUCGUCGAUACUGGGCGUCUUGACCCUUCGAAGCUGAGUGAGAAACAGUUGCCAGGGUUCGCUGCCACGAUAGCAAAGUUCCAGGCAUAUGCGCCACAUUUCAAAGAGAAGCAAACUACAGAGCAGGCUGUCAAAGCGGUCAUCUCGGUAUUUGAGAAAGCGAGUGUCGAGAAUGGAGAUGGAGGAGCUUUUGUCUCUCACCUGGGAUCCAAGCAGUGGAUUUGA